AUGCUCCGACCGAAUUUUUCACUCGUUUCCAAUCUUCCCCCCCGUCUCACUCCCACUCCUUUACGUCUUCUCUCACGCGCUCCCCGAUCAGGCUCAUCUUCCAUUCACCCUCGGCCAAAUUCACGCUUCUACUCCACCGGUAUGCAGGAACCUAUCAGUGUCCAAGAAGACCUCGUUGAAGAAUAUGCAUCUAAUAGCUCGAAUAAACCAGAACCUAGUUCUUCCGUUCACCCGCCCCCGCGCUCGCGCAUCCGCCGCCUUGUAGGCUUCACCUCAAUCGCCGUCCUCGCGUUCACCCUAGGUCUCGCCUUCCAAACCUCGCGCACCGUAUCUCGAAUCAUGUCCGACACCAUACUCACCGACGAGGAGACUCUCUCCGCCUACACGCCUGAAGACGCGCGUGCCGCGGAGAUUGAAUCCCACAUUCGCAACCAUCCCGAAGCCGUCAAAUUGCGCGCGAACCCCGAUUUCAAGGAAUCGCGCCCGCACCUCAAGAUUCCCGAGACUUUGCGCCCGCGCAGUCUGACGGCCGGUACAUUGGCCGGGCCUAACAAGAUCGUCGUGCCGCCGCUGGUCUUCAGCGAGAAGGGAGGCAAGAGCAUGGUCUCCCUGAUGUACCUCGGUUCGGAUAUGUGCGGACACAUCGGCAUUGUACAUGGUGGUCUGCUAGCUACAUUGUUGGAUGAGGGUUUUGCGCGAUGCUGUUUCCCCGCGCUGCCUAACAAGGUGGGUGUUACGGCCAACCUGAACAUUGAUUACCGGGCUCCGGCCAUGGCGGAUUCCUAUGUGGCUCUCCGGGCCGAGACCGUCAAGGUGGAGGGUCGGAAAGCGUGGGUCGAGGGGCGCAUCGAGACUCUUCCCGAGGAGGGCAAGGCGCCCGUUGUGCUGGUUGAGGCUAAGGCUUUGUUCAUUGAGCCUAAGCAGGCGGCUGUAAGUCCUCCAAUUCUCAGGUGA